AGUCUUUACAUAUUGAUAUAUUUAAAAUUCAAAAUAAAUAGAUGAAUAAAUAGAUAAAUAAAUAAAACUGUUGGAUGUACAUAGUGUAUUUUCAUGAUAGCAGUGUUUCAUAUGGCCUGAAUGGGACCACACUCAUCAGGUAAAGUGAUACAGACAACAAACUACUACUACUAUUGAUAUAUGAAGUUUUGUUCAGCAAAAAGUUUUUAUGAUGACAAAGCAGUCUUAUUUGUUAUUUAUAUCUAAAGAUUUUGCUUAAUUUGUUUACUCCCAGUGAUGUCAUCAUGGAAUGGYUCUGGGGUGAGGUAUUAGGAACCUUUAGAUUUGAGAAGGAGAACAAAGACAAGUACGUGUUGUGGCCGUGCAUCUACAUUGUGUAUGUGUGAGCUAGUGUAACAAUGUCAUGGCACAGGAAAGUCAUUGUCUGCCACUCGUUGACAAUGAAAUUUUGACAAAAAGUCGUUCAGAAGAAAACAAGUUUUCAGAGACAUGGUAAAACGCGAGUUAUUCAUUUGGCAAAAAGAUCCUGACUUCUUAUUAAAUAGAGAGGUACUUGUAAAAAUGCUUUUCCAGUUUAAAAGUAGAUCAAAGGAAAGGGGGUUGGCGUUGGAUAAAAUUGCCAGCUAUCUCAACCAAGUGGAGAUGAAAGUCACCAAAUGUUCAACGAGAGAACAUUUUCAAAAGUUAUAUAACGAUUUCAAGAGAAAAGAAGUCACAAGAGAAGAAAGCAAGUGGAGAUAAAGUUGAGUGUGAUGAAGUGCAUCAGGCUUUAACAGAUAUCGAUGAUCUYAUUGUCAAUUAUGAAGAGGAAAGAGAUGAUAAAAACUAAAAGCAGCAAACAGAGAAAAUGCAAAAAAGAGCUUAAUCCGAGAAAUUGUGCAAGACCAAAAAAACAAAGAUGAGCAGUGGCAAUGAUGAUGUGCUUGGUGAUGAAAAAUCAACUCCAAAUAAAAAAGGAACAGCAUGACAGACCUGCUAGAGCAGUCCCUUGCAAAGAAGACAAAAGAAAAUGCUGACCAGCAUCCACUCAGACAGAGGGAGCUGGACAUUAGAGCUGAGGAAGUGCAGCAACAGCAGCAAUUUCAAGCCAUGCURCUACAACAGCAACAACAGUUUCAGCAGCAACAACAAGUAAUGCAUAUGGCCAUGAUCAAUACCCUCUCUGAGUUACUUAAAAACAAAUAAGAGAAUGCAUAAUUGCUAUAAUUGUGUUUAUUUAGAAUACACUUUUAUAAUUGCACUUYCUUUCUUUUACGUGACAGAAAAAAAAUAUUUAUUAAAGUAAUAUCAAUGAUAUUCCAUUUUUGAAGUUCUUGACUUUUAUCGCCAGUAAGGAAUAAGAACAACACAACGAAAGAGCUUUAAUAGUAAACAACAAAAUGGCAAGUGAAACGAGAAUAAUAAUAAACAGGCAUCACUCGUGUGAGCUCGCACAUAAACUAAUAUCAGUCUGCAGGUCAAAGAAACCUGCUGGCAUAUGUUACAGGACAACAGGGAUUAAUAUUAAUUGGAUUAAUAUAAAUGAUAAUUAUAAUCCAGUCCUAGAUUGUUAUUAUCUAUUACUGGAUUAUGAUUAUCCUAUAAUAAUCUAGUAUUAUGAUAAUCUCAAGAUUUAUAUUAACCUGUGUUAUCCUGAUAUUCACUUUGUAAAUGAUUAUUUCAUUACAAGAAAAGUAAUUUAUCAAAAGACACUAUUUAUCUUGUUGGGUAAAGUAUCACUUUAUUCCAAUUAGCUUUCAUAAAUGUACAGUACUUAAAUGCACUGCAUACUGAGUUUAUACACAAUUCCUACAAUUUAUAUACAUUCAAGAAUGUACAACCCAAGUUGUUGUGCUUAUUUUGUGUUUAUAAUGAUAUCAUGGAGUCCGAUUUAAAAGGGAGAUAACUGAUAUAAUGGAGAUGAUUAUGACUAUUUGAAAAUCAAAUCCAUGGUACUGUCCAGCUCAGGAUCUUCCUCAUUGUCAUAAUCAUUAUAUCUCCAUUAUAUCAGUUAUCUCCCUAGACAUCAGAUUGCAACCUAUCCAGGUUAUCUCAAAUGCCACAUUGUUUAUUGUCACAUUCUCAUCUGUGACAUCUUGGAGAUGAUGUACAAGGACAUGCGUGGUGUGAAUUCUGCCAGAUGUAAGUUUGAAAGUUGUACCUCCUGAUGUGCAUUUUGAGACUACAGUAACAAGCUAAGCAAGCAUAUAUGGAAACUUAAAGAAGAAGACAAAGUAUAAAAUAUCUUGGAGAAUACAUAAGCAUGCAACUCCUUACAACCCAUCUUUCAAUUGCUGCAACCUGUGUUUAUGGGAGAAAUAUUUUAUAAUCUGCAAACCUAACCUAGGAACAUUAAAUAAAAGAUCUAAACUAACUUCUUCUUAUAGACACGCAAGCAAAUUCCUUUUACGAAACUUUAAAUAGCAUCCGUGUCACAUGAUUCAUGGAGAAUAGAAGCUUUAUUUAUGUACAUGGUAGCAAAAAUUGCUAAAUUGCGUACAAUACUAAUUAAAAAAUAUGUGAUAAUAAUAAUAAUAAUAAUAACAAUAAUAAAACUAUAAUAUACAUUAACUAAUUGAUUAAAAGACUACUAUAUACAAUGUAAGAAUUAGACUAAUUAGAAUAAAAGGACUAUAUAAAACCUAUAAAAGGACCUAUACAAUGUAAUCAUGUAAUAUAUCGUGUAUCAAUUAGUAACCAUUGUAGAUAAUUCAAAAUUGGGCUGUUUAUAUGACGAGUGCUGUACAAUUUCUGUGCGGUACGAAAUUAUAUAGUAAUUAAACAUGCCUUUUUUGCUGAUUUAGUGUCUCAAAAAUCAUAUAUAUAUAAAUUUCAUCAAAAAAAAUUUAAAAAGUGCUCAACAACAAUAUAAAAGCCGGAGCUGUAUAAAUUAGAAUAGAAGAUUUCAGAACAAACUACUGUUUUAAUUUUCCAUGAUGUAAUUUUCACUACAAUAUUGUUUCGUAUGGUCCAGAGUGUCACAAACUGACACUUAAUCAAAUUGUCAGACAGUAAGAACUGAAAACUUCUUUAAUCUUCUUGGUCCUCUGUAGCUAGGUCUUUUACAAUAAUACUAACUCUGAGCUGGACUCUCUCCUGACUGUUGCUGGACUGCCUCUUAUAUACAUAUAGCGUUACUAAAUAUAUCCCAUUACACUGUUACUAAMUAUAGAUAUUACAUCAUUCUAGAAAUCUCUGUAGUGUAACAUUACUCAGCAUUUCUCUAAGUCUAGAAGGAUCUGGAAAACACUUAACCAYAUGAAGAAUAUUCUAGAAAGCAUAUAACUAAAGGUUCAUAGAAAGUUCUAGAAUAAUCUAAUAAAUUACCACUUUGGCUAAACUAGAAUGUUCCAUGGGAAGAGGUCCAUCACAAGAGGACCACACUCAUCAGGUGAAACCAUUACUUGACCAUUAAAAUUUAAAGGUUUACAUUAAGUACAUGUUUAAAAUUGACGCUAAAGUAUAAAAUGACAGAUUUGUGAUAUUACAGCUACAAGUGCGUGACGGAUGAAAUGUUUAUCUGUUGUAAAAUCUUAAGAGAUAUUUUCGUCUAUGUCUACAUGUGGAUACAAGUUCAUUACGCUUAUUUAAGGUUGCUUCAUGUCAAUGGCAAAUUAUUAUAUAUUUCUCACUUAUACGUAAAUUACGUCGUUUGCUUAAAUGAUUAUAUGAUUUUGAUUUCAUUAAAAUUGACCAUUUAAGAGUGAAUUCAAUAACAUUGUCUUUUACAGCUAUUUGCAAUAAUU